GCCCCCAGUGACACAAUAGCAGCUCCCUCCAAGAUGGCGGCGGCGACUGCAGACCCGGGAGCUGGGAACCCGCAGGCUGGGGACUCCUCUGGUGGGGACGCCGGGGGUGGGCUACUGUCACCCGGGGAGCAGGAACUGAGCCGGCGCCUGCAGCGCUUGUACCCUGCAGUUAAUCAGCACGAAACGCCGCUGCCGCGAUCUUGGAGCCCCAAGGACAAGUACAACUAUAUCGGCCUCUCCCAGGGAAACCUCCGUGUCCACUACAAAGGUCAUGGCAAAAAUCACAAAGAUGCAGCCUCUGUGCGCGCCACUCACCCCAUCCCUGCUGCCUGUGGUAUUUACUAUUUUGAAGUGAAAAUUGUCAGCAAAGGAAGAGAUGGGUACAUGGGAAUUGGACUCUCAGCUCAAGGAGUCAACAUGAACAGACUACCUGGUUGGGACAAACAUUCCUAUGGUUACCAUGGCGAUGAUGGGCAUUCCUUCUGCUCCUCGGGGACCGGCCAGCCCUAUGGUCCCACAUUCACCACAGGGGAUGUGAUCGGCUGUUGUGUCAACCUCAUCAAUGGCACCUGCUUCUACACCAAGAAUGGCCACAGCCUUGGUAUAGCCUUCACAGAUCUCCCGGCCAACCUCUACCCCACCGUAGGCCUGCAGACACCUGGAGAGAUUGUGGAUGCCAACUUUGGGCAGCAGCCCUUCCUCUUCGACAUCGAGGACUACAUGCGGGAGUGGCGUGCCAAAGUCCAGGGCACUGUCCAUGGCUUUCCCAUCAGUGCCCGGCUCGGUGAAUGGCAGGCAGUGCUGCAGAACAUGGUCUCCUCUUAUCUGGUGCAUCAUGGGUAUUGUGCCACAGCCACAGCUUUUGCCCGAAUGACUGAAACCACGAUUCAGGAAGAACAGGCAUCCAUAAAGAACAGACAAAAAAUCCAGAAGCUGGUGCUUGAAGGCCGGGUGGGUGAAGCCAUUGAAACGACCCAGCGCUUCUACCCUGGGCUGCUGGAGCACAACCCCAACCUGCUCUUCAUGCUCAAGUGUCGACAGUUUGUGGAGAUGGUGAAUGGCACCGACAGUGAAGUCCGAAGUUUGAGCUCCCGAAGCCCCAAGUCCCAGGACAGCUACCCUGGCUCCCCCAGCCUCAGCCCCCGACAUGGCCCUAGUAGUUCCCACAUGCACAACACAGGAGCAGACAGUCCCAGCUGCAGCAAUGGCAUUGCAUCUACCAAGAACAAACAGAACCACAGUAAAUACCCCGCACCCAGCUCCUCCUCCUCAUCCUCGUCCUCCUCGUCCUCCUCUUCCCCGUCCUCCAUCAAUUACUCCGAGUCCAACUCAACAGACUCCACCAAGUCCCAGCCCCACAGCAGUGCCAGUAACCAGGAGACCAGUGACAGUGAAAUGGAGAUGGAGGCAGAACAUUAUCCUAACGGUGUGUUGGAGAGCAUAUCCACGCGCAUAGUCAAUGGUGCCUACAAGCAUGAAGACCUGCAGACAGAUGAGUCCAGCAUGGACGAUGGGCAUCCACGGCGGCAGCUCUGCGGGGGCAACCAGGCUGCCACAGAAAGGAUCAUCCUGUUUGGCCGAGAGUUGCAGGCAUUGAGUGAGCAACUGGGCCGAGAGUACGGCAAGAAUUUGGCCCACACGGAGAUGCUGCAGGAUGCCUUUAGCUUACUAGCAUAUUCAGACCCCUGGAGCUGCCCAGUUGGCCAUCAGCUUGAUCCCAUCCAGAGGGAGCCCGUGUGUGCUGCUCUCAACAGCGCCAUUUUAGAGUCUCAGAACCUGCCAAAGCAGCCUCCUCUGAUGCUCGCCCUGGGCCAGGCUUCUGAAUGUCUACGACUUAUGGCCCGAGCAGGCCUGGGAUCUUGCUCUUUUGCCAGAGUCGAUGACUACUUGCACUAGCUGACCUUCCUGGCUGGCUCUGUCUAGCCAUCCUUCAGCCCUAGGGCUGGAACAACCCUGCCCUCCAUAGGCACCUGGUACAGAGACCUAGAAGCCAUGGGCAGAAUCCCACUCCUCCUACCUGGCCGGUCCUCCCUUCUUCCCUCUCUCCUUCCCUCCCUUCCUCCCUCUCUCCAUCUCUCCCUCCCUCCUUUCCUUGUUCUCUCUUCCUUCUUCUCCCUUCCACGUGCAGCGGCCUGUGAUACAGUAUUGGCUGGUUACUCAUGUAGCGGCUUCUCCUUCAAAGGAGAUUUUGUUUUGAGGAGAGGUUGGUUUUUUUUGUUUGUUUGUUUUUGUUUUUGUUUUUUUUUUAAUCUUUUUUUUUCCCUCCUGACUGAGCCACCAGUGUUUAUCUCGGGAGAGUUUGUGCUGAGCUGGUUUCUGCUAAUUUAGUAAUGAAGCCUAUCCAGGUUGAUGAUAGCUUAUUAUUUUCAUAAGUAAAACAAACAAACAAACAAAUGAGAUUAUAUAUAUAUAAAUAUAUAUAUUAAAAAAAAAGACACAGUAUUUAUCGUAGCCUAGUGGUCCAGCACCUCUUGGGUGAGGCUGUCCAGACACCAUGUGUUUUUAUUUGAGUCCAACUCAUUAAAAAAAGAAUCAUCUCUUGUCACUUCAAUCAAGUGAUUUGUUUAUUUUAGGCUCCCCUUUUAUUGAGCCACAGGUCCAGCUGCUGCCCAGGAAAUCAAAAUGGGUUUGGGGGAGGCUGCUUGGUGGGCAAGGUCAGGUUAAGCUGCUUUGCAGCAUCCCAAGAGGUGUGGGUCUCUAGGCCCCUUAUAGGUAGAUAAAACACAGAACCGCAGGUUCAGGGAUUCAGGGAAGUGAGGUGGCCCAGGGGCACACAGCAAAGCAAGGGAACACAGGGUCCGUAGCCAGCACGCUGUCUACCACUCUACCCUGCCUCUCACUGCCUGCCUUGCCCCUCUCUCCCAUCUCAAUGUCCUGCCUUCCCUUGUUGUUAAGAUGGCCAAAUAAUUCAUUACUCUCAGUUGAAUGCCUGGAAACUACCUGCCUUCAAUCCAAGAGCUGCUGUAUGCCAGGCUGCCAAGAGGAAGAUUCCAUUCCCAGGACAGAGGCCCUUAAGUACAGGCUGACUGCUUUCUUCCUGCCUGGGUCUUCACCAUCACUGCCCAACUCUGAUGGAUUGAUGUUUCCUGUGGAGAAGUUGGCACCUCAUGGAGGCUGAUUCUUGGACCAUUGGUCCAGAGUGGAUGGAACCCUUGGCUUCCUGGUCCAGAUUUCCCCACAGCUACGGGAGACUGCUCCCUAUAGCUUGGCCCCAGCGACUCUUAGGAAGAGGAGACUCCAUGGGCCUUACAAAUGUCCCACCAGCUGUUUCACAUGGAUCCUCACAGCUGGUGGAACAAUAACAAAAAACCCCACCACCACAGGGCUGAGAUGCUGCCAGGAUGUGGGUGGGCCAUCUGUUGAGGGGACUGUCUGCCAAGGAAGAGGAGGGUCUAUAUAGAGGAGACCUGGAGGGGCCAGGGUCUCCUUACCUGCUUCACAGGGUGAGUGAAAAGCCCAGGCAGCUUCUGCAAAGAGCAGGUCCAACUGUGGUAAUGUCACAAGUGGGCUUGCAGUCCCCAUCUGAAUCAGGGCUGGGUGAGCUCAUGUUCUGUUAGUGGACACAGAAAUCAGUGGCAGAGCUCGAGACGUUCUGUGCCCACCAGGCCUUACCAGGCCCACAGCUGGACAAAAAUGAGUUAGACCAGCUAUUAGUGAGGGGCCAGGACCCUGACUGAAAUCUUCCAAAAUUUUGCUUUGGGGGCUAAUCCUACAGGCUACUACAUUUUCUUGGUUCCUAACAGGACCUUAGUUAACAGCUUGUCAGAAGGUCUUGUCCUGUGUAAAGGACAUUUCAUCCUGUCCAAGACUGGAAUACCGAGCUCCGAACUCAGGUUGGAAAUAUCAAGCUGUUACAAUGGUCACCUCACAUUUGGAAAUGAAAACCAGUGGCAUUUGCAGAGCAGUGGAAUUCAGAAAAACAUCACCACCAGCCCUUUCCUUUGCCAGUUAAAGAAACAGGCCCAGGAGAUUAAGUGACUUGGCCAAAGCCACACAGCAAAUAGUGUCGGAGCCAGGACUAACUACUCCUGUGGGUUAGACAUUCCUGUCUAGACUUAAAGCAAAAUGGCAAAUGAGCUUUGUGAGGGGUUAGGUUGGCAUGACAUCAGCAGUGCCUGAGCAGUAGGUAUUUUUAGGAGUAUGACAAGGGUGGGGAUGGGUGCUUAGACUUGGGUUGUGGAGCGGCUGAGAGGGCCUUGGAGGGCUCGGGACUGCUGUGUGCUGCGUGGGGUUAUGUGUCUACCUGGCUCGCACUCAGUACCCAUGGCCACCUCCCCAUUUUCUGUGCCUUAUCUCACUGUUUCAGCUGAGUCCAAGUUGUUUACUCUGUUCCUCUCCAGAGGGGUUCUCUGUCCUAGUUGGACAGUUCACUUUGGGGACAUAAGCCUUUGCCCCACAAGCUGUGGGGAGGGCCAAAAAUCAAGCUGCUGGAGCCAGUGGUUAGUCCAGUCCUGCUGCCAGAGGAACCCCGUAUGUACCCCCAAUCCUACUAGCCUGUUUCCAGGAGCCUGGAGUGGGGAAUAGUUCUUGGAUGCAGCUUAGUAAAGGGCUGGACCUGACCCUUUUGGACAGGAGGAGGAUCUGGCUGUAUUGGGUUGUCCAGCCCUUGGGGAGCAGCAUUCCCUACUCACUUCCCUUUGUGGCACCAGAUGAUAGCUCCUUGCAGAGCAAGGACCAAGUUGGCAGACCACUCAGAGUCAAAAACCCAUAUCCCCACCCCUUCCUAUGUGGGUCUGUGGCUGGGAGUAGGCUGGCAGAACAAGGAUAUCACAAGCUAAGGAAGUAAGGACUGCUUGGCUACCCAGCACCUUCCCAGCCCUUAAGCACAAAAAAGAUGAGGCAGAGGACUGUUGGGGCUGAACGUUCCUUUGGUUGCUCACAACUCAGGUAUGCAUGUCAUUUGGCAGCUGGACAGCAGAGCCCUACUUCACCACCAAUCGCAGGCAUUUGGACCUGUGGCCACAUGGUGGCUUCUGGCUGUCCUCAGCGCCCACCUCUUUGCAUAGGUUCCCUCCAUUAUCAACUACAGCUGAAACAGGCAUCCUCCACAUUGUGCACACUGGUUCUGCCUUUGUCCUUGCAAGUUGAUACUCAGCAUUAGCAUGAAACUUGUGGUGUGAGAGGGUUGACAGAAUUCUAACACAAACAUCCUAUUAAAUUGUACUUGAGAUGAAAAAAAUUCCUGUUGUAUUUUGACAAAAUUAUUUUUAUUAAAAUACACAUCCAUGAGCAA